CAAGUCCUGUGCUGGUUUGUUUUUCUUCCAUAUUGCUCUUGCUUGAUAUCUCUUUCUUGUUUGUUGCAUGAUAAGAUCCUUUGUUAUCCCAUUUCAGUUGAAUCAAGAAUUUCUUGUGGUUUGAUAUUAAAGUUGGAUUACUUGCAGGAAAAGGCAAGUGAACAGAUAGUUGAGAAUAAACACUUGAAAGAGGAAAACAAGCGAUUAAACGCUGAGAAUACAGCUCUAAAAGUGCAAAUAGGACUGCUGCCUUCCAGUGGCAAGCAUCCUGAGCAUCAAAGUGUUUCAUUCCAGGAUCAUCAUGAAUCUAACUCUGAAGAUGUUGGCAAGGAUCACCAUGGAACUAUUUCUGAAGCUGUUGACCAGGAUCACGCCGAGAAUACAGCACUAAAAGAGCAAAUAGGAUUGCUGCCUUCCAGUGACAAGAAGCUUGAGCAUCAAAGUGUUUCUCUCCAGGAUCAUCAUGGAUCUAACUCUGAAGCUGUUGACAAGGAUCACCAUGGAGCUAACUCUGAAGCUGUUGACAAGCUCAGCAGUUUGGAAAUGAAUGAGUUACGAAAUAUGCAGGAAAUGGUUCUAGCAAAUCCAACAAGUUUAAUGUCAGAAGGUGUCUUUUCACCGAAUGCGACUCCAUCGCAGUUGGAAACCGUUUCAGCUUCUAAGUUCCCAGGCUUUACUAGUGUUGGCUUGAUGCAAGGAUCAGAAGACAUUUUAGAAGUCAAUGGGGUGAAAUCAGCAGCUGAUGUGGAGGCUCAGUUGAAUGCCACUGAAGCUCCUAGAGAUGCUUGUUUGCAAGUUCAAGAAAUCUCACUCAACAAAAGAAAAAGAAAUGUGCAGGAUGCUGAGAUUGAAGGCCAACCACUGAACAAGGCAAGAAAGGACAGUACUGUUGAAAAUCAAGAGAAGGGAGAAGAAGAAAGCAUCCAUAUCAUAGCCCAAAUAGGCCAGACAAAAACCAGUCACAGUUACGAUGUAAGAAUAGAAACCAUCAAAGAAAAGAAGAGAACUCUUCAAGGACUUGUACCUGGGUGUAGCAAGCUUACAGGCGCAGAAGCUCUAGAUGAAAUCAUUAACUAUAUACAAUCACUUCAGCUACAGGUCGAGUUCCUAUCGAUGAAACUCUCUGCAUUCCAUCCCAUAUCAAAUGGUGAUGCGGCCAUUACAUCAAAUGGCGACGCAGCCGUUACUGACUUUCUCUUGAAGCUUGAAGCUGAUGAUGAGAGUAAAGUGAAAUUGUCAGACUUUGUUGGCUUAGAUGGUGAGCGCAUACUAAUAGGCAAAUAUAGGUUCCCACUCUCUCUACAUCCUAUCAUAAAGAACAUCAUUGAUGCCUAUGGUGAUGUUUCUGCAACAAGUAAAAUGAAUCCGACUAUUGUCGAGGCGAUCUACAUCAUGUUUUGUGCUUCCAUCAAAGAGAUGAGUGAUCUACGGCUAGAGAAAGUUACCGAGGGCCUGAUAUUGAAGUGGAGGGAUGUAAUCAAGGAUGCUCUAUGCAUGAAUUUCAAGGUGGAUUUUGCCAUGGAACAUUUGAAGAAAAUUGCUAGCGCAUACAUUGGCUUAAUGGAGCAUUCUAAGAUACUCAAGUUAGAGGCUCAGUUGAGUGCUAUGAAAGAAGAGCAUUCUAAGAUAUUAGAGAGGUCAAAGGUAUUCAUGGAUGCUGCAGAAGAUUUUAAUGAUAAGCCUGUCAGCUCGGGAAUGUUUCUUUGCGCAAGGGGUGUUAAACAAACUCUUGAACGCACAAGCAACUCGAGGAACUGGACUUGGAAUUGCAAAGAAAUGGUGAUAUUAUUAGCAGCAUGCACGAUGAUAUUCUCGGCCAUGUCAUAUCGUUUCUCCCUUUCGAAUCAGCAAACCGGUUUCCUUUCGACUCGAUGGAAAGAUAAACUUAGUUUCAUCGCGGUAACUGGUGAGCCUGAUAAAGCACUUCACCUUGAUUUCUCCAACGUGAAGCAUGAGUUUCCAUGGCUUUUUUAUUGGUCCCUGGUUUAUCAUGCACCAUCGCCAUUGUCAGUUAAGGUGAAAACCCUUCAUCUCAAAUCAGUUUCUUUCACUUUCAGUGGGGCAGUUUCUUUCACUUUCAGUGGGGCAGUUUCUUCCAUAAUGACCAAGUUCAAGUUUCUUGAGAGUUUGACGAUAGAAAAUUGCCAUGGCUUACGCUCAUUAAAAAUACACGCCAGGCCUAAUUCGAGGUUCAAAAAACUUGAUGCCUACUUCCUGCAAUCGCUUCGAUUCCAAGGCAAAUUUCCGUCGUUUCAACGAGGUUGUGUUAUUAGCUCACCUUGGUUCUGGCCUUUGUUUGAUCAUGAGAUUUACCCGGUGGAUGUCAUGCUUGAUUUCAGCCAAGGCUCUUGCUGUAGUAAGCUUGGAAGUUGCCGAUUCCCGUCAUUCUUCAUUGGCUCCGAAGAUAUAGAAUCUCUCACGCUUAGCUGCUGGUGUUUUAAGGUAUGCUUCCGCUGCCUAUAA